GGCCCCGAGCCGAGCCCAACCGACCCGCUGGCGCCCGGCGCGGUUCGGGCGGUGCCGGUGCCGGUGCCGGUGCCGGAGCAGGGCGACAGCGCGGGGAUGCUGCUGUCCAAGAUCAACUCCCUGGCGCACCUUUGCUCCGCGCCGCCCGGCGACCUGCACCCGGCCAAGCUGCCGCCAGGGAAGGAGAAGGAGCCUCUGGAGAAGCUGUACCAGGUGGGCUCGCUGCUGGGCAGCGGUGGCUUCGGCUCUGUCUACUCAGGCACCCGCCUGUCCGACAGCGCCCCGGUUGCCAUCAAGCACGUGGCCCGGGACCGCAUCUCGGACUGGGGAGAGCUGCCUGGCGGCACCCGCGUCCCCAUGGAAAUCCUGCUGCUGAAGAAGGUGGGCUCCGGCUUCCGCGGUGUGAUCCGGCUCCUGGACUGGUUCGAGAGGCCUGACAGCUUCGUCUUGGUGCUGGAGCGGCCCGACCCUGUGCAGGAUCUGUUCGACUUCAUCACGGAGCGGGGGGCCCUGGCCGAGGAGCUGGCCCGCGGCUUCUUCCGCCAGGUCCUGGAGGCUGUCCGGCACUGUCACAGCUGCGGGGUCCUGCACCGGGAUAUCAAGGACGAGAACAUCCUCAUUGACCUGAACAGCGGAGAACUGAAGCUGAUCGAUUUUGGGUCCGGAGCCUUGCUCAAGGACACGGUGUACACUGAUUUCGACGGCACAAGAGUGUACAGCCCCCCAGAAUGGAUUCGCUACCACAGGUACCAUGGCAGAUCAGCCGCAGUUUGGUCACUGGGCGUCCUGCUUUACGACAUGGUCUGUGGGGACAUCCCUUUUGAACAUGAUGAGGAGAUUGUGAGGGGCCAGGUUUACUUCCGGCAAAGGAUUUCACCAGAGUGCCAGCAUCUCAUUAAAUGGUGUUUGGCCUUGAGACCCUCAGACAGGCCAUCUUUCGAAGACAUUCUAAACCAUUCGUGGAUGCAGGGGGUCCAUUUGCCACAGAAGACUGCGGAGAUCCACCUGCACAGCCUCAUUCAGGAGUCAAGCAAAUAGCAGCUCCUGUCAUCUGGCAAGUGG